AUGGCCGACGUUGACAUGACCGAUGCGCCACCCGUGGCCAAGAAGAAGGGUUCUGAGGUCGAAGCAAAGAAGCGUUUCGAGGUCAAGAAGUGGAACGCCGUCGCCCUGUGGGCCUGGGACAUCGUCGUUGACAACUGCGCCAUCUGCCGAAACCAUAUUAUGGAUCUCUGCAUCGAGUGUCAAGCGAACCAGGCUUCCGCUACCAGCGAGGAGUGCACAGUUGCUUGGGGCAUCUGCAACCAUGCUUUCCAUUUCCACUGCAUCUCUCGGUGGCUCAAGACUCGUCAAGUCUGCCCUCUAGACAACAGGGACUGGGAGUUCCAGAAGUACGGCCGGUAA